AUGUCGAUAGACCUUAACUGGGAAACGGUCACGGGCGGCCCCGAUGGGCAGGAGCUGGCAGACCAGAUCCGGGACUUUAUUCACACCAAGUUCCAGUCCGUGCCUCUACCGCGCUUCAUCAAAUCUGUCACGGUGCACGAUUUUCAGUUCGGCGUCAUUCCACCCGAGCUUGAACUCAAGGAUAUCACCGACCCAUUACCAGACUUCUACGAAGACCAUGUCGAUUCCGAUGUGGCUUCUGACGACUCGGAAGGAGAGGAAGAUGCCGUAGACAACAAUCUUGCACCGCCAAGCCAGGGCGAGCGCCAUCAGCGAACAGACGAUUCAGAGGCCUUGGGUGGUGAUGUUCGAAAUCUCGGUCAUCUUCCCCCGCACCUUAUGUUCGGCAGUCCUGGGGGUCCCGGGGGUCCUGGGAUGGGAAGUUUACGGAACGGUGACAUGGGCAGCCCGUUCAUGCGUGUGUCGACACCUGGGAUUCCCGGUGGGACUUCCAACUUGCACUACUUCCACUCACACCUCGGGGGUGGGCUUUCUGGAACGCAAACCCCUCUCGCCGCAGUAGCCGGAGCCCAGCAUCUCAGCACCGCCAACUGGCUCGAAGGCCACGGGCAUAGCUCCUCCGUACCGAACCUCACCCACUUUGGCAAUCCUGGAGGAGCUGGUACGAGCCCUCGCCGACAGCCCGAACGAAACCACAGCCGCAACCCAUCCCAGGGCUCCAUUUCCGUCGCAGACCUGAACCCCAACAGCCUCGCACCACCUUCGUCAUCCACCCUAGGCGUCCCCUCCCUCAAGGAGAAACACAGCACCACUCCGGCCCCAGGCUCAGCCACCGCCCUCAGCGGCAGCAACGAACAGCAGCAACAGCAGCAGCCGCAAGACAACGACGACGGCCACCCGCGGUGGCGCGAGCAGCGCAUCGACGACAUGCAGGCCGUGUUCCGGAUCCGCUAUGCCGGCGACGUCAAGCUGCUGCUGACGGCCGACAUCCUGCUGGACUACCCGAUGCCGAGCUUUGUCGGCAUCCCCGUGCGGCUGAGCAUCACGGGCCUGACCUUUGACGGCGUCGGCGUGCUGGCCAAGAUCAGGAAGCGCGUGCAUUUUUGUUUUCUGAGCCCCGAGGACGCGGCCGCCGCUGUUGGUGGUGAUGGGGAGGAGGGGCUGUCUUCUCCUGGUGAGGGGCCAAGUCAGGCACAGGGACAGGGACAGGGACAGGGACAGGGACAGGGACAGGGGCAGACUCCGGGGGCGGGGCAGCAGAAGCAGCAGAAGAAACAGGCUGGGUGGGUUGGGUCGGGAAAUACUAAGCUUGGAGGGUUGUUGCAGGAGAUUAGGGUGGAGAGUGAGAUUGGGCAAAGGGAGAGCGGGAGACAGAGUCUGAAGAAUGUGGGUAAGGUGGAGAGGUUUGUCCUGGAGCAGCGUACCGCUGGUGUUCCCCGCCGCGGCUGGCGUAGGGGCGGCACCAGAGCUGGCCGUUACGGCAGUCGAGGGCAUGCCCACCCGGAUCCUCUCGGUUGCGCGGGGGACUUCGAGCUGUAUGGUCAAAGCCCAGUCAGCUUCCCUAAAAAGUCAAUCUGCCGUUCCAGCACCAAGACAUACAUCCCACUCGGCCUUGAACUCCUCCAACCCCACAAAUGCCUUUGCUACCGUUUCAUCGGCAACCAGGGACUUGUACUGCUUCAGCGACCGCUCGCAGAUCUCGGUGUAAUCGGCCUCGGGGAUGGCAUCUUUCAGAAACGCUUUCUCGAGCUCAUCGAUCGUGACUAUGAUGCUGAAGAUCUCGGCGAGGGAGUCCUGUAA